CAGAUGAAAGAAACAGCCCCGAAAUCCGGCUCUGAAGUUUUAACCUUCUCGUCCGCCCAGUUUUCCCGCCUGCUUUUUAGGGCAUUGCUUCUAUAAAGGUUUUUCUGCAGUACAGCCAUGACUACUGCAUUUCAGACUGCCGAUACUGAAGAGACCACCACCUUUCUCAAUAUCACUGUCUACCAUCCAGAACAAGAGAAAAAGCAAGUAUUUCGUGCCAUAAGGUUUUGCCAGCGAGAGCAGCUGAGAGUGGAUGAAUUGGUGAAAUUUGGAAGAAACUGUGACAUAUGCCGUUUUUACUUUAUGGACUCACAUGUUUCACGGAUUCAGUUUGCCCUUCAGCUUUUUAGACCCUUUGGCAGCUCUGAGCUUGUUUUUGAGAUUAUGAAUUUGAGUAAAAGGGUGAAGUUAAUUGUUGACCAUGUUGAAUUGGCCUUCCUGAACAAGUUCAUCAUUCCACAGAGAUGCUUGGUUCGCUUUGGAGACUAUCAGCUGCUAAUGCAAAAACAAGAUGGACAGUCGGAGGAUUUUUUUGAGAUCUCCUUUGACAUGUCCAAAACAUCAUUGUGGCAAGAAGCAGUGUCUUUGUCAGUACCUGAAACUGGUGUUACGUGUAGUCUAUCUCCAGAAGAGAUGGAUGAAGAUGAAUAAAUGAGAAACAUUCAGUGAGCAACAAAGGUCAGUGUGGUAUAGUGGAUUGAGCAAUGGAUGAUGAUCCUAGAGAUCCUAAAGACCUACUAGUGUCUAUGGGCAAGUUGCAACUUUUUAACGUCAAAGGAAUGCAAAAGUAAACCUUCACUGAAGAAAUAUUGCCAAGAAAUCCCAAUGGUGUGUUUGCUUUAAUAUCACCAUCAGUGGGAAACAAUGUGAAGAAACACCAUAACAAGAAAAUGGAUCAGUUUUGAUUUGAGUUUGUGUGUGUCCCUAUCCUCCAUUUUUGAAGGUCUCCAGCCCUCCUGGACAGUAACUUCUUUGAAGGAUUCCUUUUCUCCUUCUAAUAACAGGUGGGCAUUUUCCUUUGUGCUUCUACAGCUCUAAUUGAAAGCGUGUUACUUUGUACUGCCACUUAGUUGGCACUUUGUAUCUACAGAUUCUGUGUCUAUGUAUUAAACUAUCUAGAACUUUAAAAUAUAUAUAUUUAAAAUGAAAACCAAACAAUUCAAAAAAGCAAACCUUGAUUUUGCUGCCUUAUAUUUUACUACACCAAUGGGACCUGAGCAUCCAGAAAUGAUGAGAUCCACUGGGAUACGAAGAGGAGAAGCUCAAAGAUACAAACUUAGUACAGGUUGAGCAUCCUUUAUCCAAAAUCCCAAAAUCCCAAAUUGUCCACAUGGGUGGCUAAGAUAGUGAUACCUUUGUUUUUCAGUGGUGUAAUGUACACAUUUUUUUUCAUACACAAAAUUGUUUUAAACAUGUAUAAAAGAUUAGGUGUAUAAGGUGCAUAUGAAACAUAAAUCUCAUGUUUAGAUUUGGGUCCCAUUUCCAAGAUAUCUCAUAUACAUCCAAAACAGAGAUAUUAUAAAAUCUUUUUUUGAAUCCAAAAUAUAUCUAGUCCCAAACAUUUUGGAUUAGAGAUACACAACGUGUAUUUCAGAAUGUGUGGAGUCCUGCCUAAAACUGACUAACCACCAGUUAUUUACUCAGAAGACCCAUCAAUGUCACCCUACUUAUGUGAUCCUUCCAUGUCUGAGUAUAAUGGCUUUCCAAGGAUUUUAUUUUUCUUGGAAGACGCCUGCGUGUGUGUUUUUUUAAAUGUGUGGAGGUUGGUGCAUAGCCGAUCAACACACAGUCUUCACAGAGUGAGGCUCGCAAGCAGUGGCAUGGUUAACAUGACGAUGGUGGCUUCUUAAUUCUUCCACCUCUACAGCUGUUGUAAUAUGUACUAUGUUGUCUUCUGCCUUAUCAGCCAUUGAGAUCUUCGGGUCUUCAGAUUGUGCUUGAUCUGGAACCUCUCCUGUGGCCCCUCCUGGGAGUACAUGACUCUGAUGGUCACGUCCGCAGGUUCAUUGGAACACACAAGCCCCCUCACCACAAGGCGACAAUCCAUCGAGGAGGCAAUGUCACCUUAGAUCUAUUUAAUGUAUCCUAAAGACAGGUAAAGAUAUUAACUGGUUCUCUUAUUUGCUACUUAAAGAAAACUUUAAAGAGUACAAGAAAAAAAAAACGAAGGAGCCUGGAAAAAAUUAAUACCAGUGAGAAUUGUAUAAGGAUGAUGAUCAUGUAAGUAAAAAAAAGUGUACAAAGAUCUUUUGGAAUUACAGACAGAUGAUGAACUAGUAAAAGUUGGGCUGUUUUUUUUUUGGGUUUUUUUUUUGGCUCAAUGUUCAAAUGGAUGUGAGAAAAAAAACUGUGGACCAAAAAUGUAACAUUUACUUUGAGUAGUAACUGAAACAUAACUACAACAUGAUGAAUAAAUAAUACUUAAGUCCAAAUAACUUGUCAAAAAUGUUCAAGCUGUAUCGAAUUAAGGUUGGAGAUGGUAAGAGAAUUGAUUUUUCACAUGUCAGAGACUUGUAAGAAAAAGUUAUUGAUCUGGGAUAUAGAUGUUGAUUUAAAGAAAUCUGAAGAUGGGGUUUGCAAUGUUUCCAGUGAUAUUUUUGUUAUGUAUUAAGGCUCAAGAACAAGAUAAACAACUUUGGGCUACUUUUUCAAUACAUGAAAACAGUCGGUAGAAUACUGUUUAUGCAAACCUGCAAGUGGACCAGAGCACCGAUGGUGGAAGAAUGGAUUGUUGAAGUUGCGGAGUUAGCCCUAAUUGCCAAGAUAAUGUGAAUUUUAAAGACUAAGAACAUUUUCUGGACUUUUUGACCAAUAAUAGUGAUGUAAUGGUGUUUGAGUUAUCAGUAUUAACAAUCCUAUAGGAUUUAAUUAGUUUUAUAAUGGUAGAAUUUUUUCCCUUUUGGAAUUUUCCCCCUUAAUUCAAUGCAAUGUGGAAUUUGGGGUCAGAAUCCUGAUGUGUUUGCAUAAAGUAUUUAGGUUAGUUUCUUAGUAUGGCAUAUUACUCCAUAGCAUAGUAUAGAGUUAGAUUAGUUUAAUUGUAAUCAGUUACAUAUAUGUAUUAUAUAUAUA